UCCACUCCCAACGCCGGUUUUCCAGCAUCUUCGGCGCAUUCGGGCUCCGCGCCUCACUUUGCCUCAAUAUGGACGCAGAGAGGGUGGGGAGCGUCUCAGCAACUUCCUUCCUCGCCUUCAUAAUCACCCACCACCCUCCACUCGGGGCUUUCAGAGCCAGCUCAGACCUCGGGUGAGAGAUGAAAGCCUCUUCAGCAUCUUUAGGGCACAACGGGAGUUGGGAAUUUUCCGUGCUGAAGCGCUCCUUCGCUUUUCACGUUCGGAUGGCGCAGGGCGAAUUCCCACGAGCCCUGGGAAAUCAAAGAUCUGCCGGCCCCCUCACGCUGGUUCCUGAUUGGUCCCUAAAGCUGUCUGUUUUGACUUGGUGCUCUGCGCAGGCGCGGAAACGCACCGGGACCUGGGCAGUGCUGACGACGCGGAGCUACCCGAUCGUUCCGAGAUGAAAUCUGAAGCCUGGAGAAGCCUAAUGCCUUCUCUCAGGAAAUGGCGGAGUUGGAUUUGAACCCUUGAAACUUGACUCCUGCCUUUCUGUCUGUGUGGUUCUUUCGCGUCGCUGGGACUUGGUGCAUGAAUCAGAAAUGGGCGGGACCACACUUGGGGAUCCCUGCCUUGCUGGCUGGAACUGGGCUCCUUGCGCCUUUACAGGCAGAGGUGGAGGAGACACUGAAGCGACUUCAGAGCCAGAAGGGAGUGCAGGGAAUCAUCGUGGUGAACACAGAAGGCAUUCCUAUUAAGAGCACCAUGGACAACCCCACCACCACACAGUACGCCAACCUCAUGCACAGCUUCAUCUUGAAGGCCCGGAGCACCGUGCGUGAAAUUGACCCCCAGAAUGACCUCACUUUCCUUCGGAUUCGCUCUAAGAAAAAUGAAAUUAUGGUUGCACCAGAUAAAGACUACUUCCUGAUUGUGAUUCAGAAUCCAACUGAAUAAGCCACUCUCUCUUGGCUCCACGCAUCAUUCCUUAAUUUAAUGCCCCCCAAGAAUAAGAGUGUUAAUCAUGUCAACCAGCUGGCGGGUGGAAAUCACCUGAGAGCCCAUGCAGACCACUCCAGUGACCAGUGUGGGCUGCAGCCCCACCCCGCCCGCCACAGGCACCCCUCUGCUGGCCAGUCACCCUGAGUCCCCCAGGAGGGCCUCUUUCCUCAAGUCCGGGUUUCGGAGCAAGAGCUUGGGAGAGGCCCACACCCUGCUUCCUCCUGACGUCCAGUUCACUUUGUUGCCCUUGGAAAAGGCUGCUUUUCUUUAACUAAAAAUAACUGAAACGUG